UUAUGGAGCUUCUUCUCAGGUUUUGUUUGAAGUCGAGUGAACAUGGGAACGUCGACUGACCGAGCAAAGCACCACAAACCUCGCGACUCAAGUUACGACUUGAACAGCGACCGGAUUCAAGCUGCCUCCCAACGGCUAUAUUCCCGCAUUGACGAAGCGACUCCUCCCCCGCUAUGAAGGCUACCAUCGAGACCACCGCCAUCACCACCGCAGCGCACGCUCUCCCAACGGUCACUCCUCCCUCCCUCUUCUUUGCCGCUUUGAGCACCGCACUUUCUCUUCCUCUGUCCUAAACGGUUCUUUCUCUCUGUUCGAUUCCAUCUGCUCCGCCUCAUUCAUUUGCGAGAUCUAAGACAGGAUGGAGACGGCGAAGGUGCAGCACGUGAGCAAGGCGUCGUCCGACGAUCUCCUCCGCAAGUUCGCCGAGCUCGACGACGGAACCCCGGCCGGCCCCUCCGCCCUCCUCCGCCACGCCUCUCCUCUCGUCACCAGGAAGAGAUCCAGGCGCACCGUCUCCGCCGGCGACGAGGCCGUUAGGGCAAGGAGGCGGAGGAAGAGCAAGGGCGGGCUGGCGGAGCGGAAGUCCCUCCUCCCCAUCUCCAAUCGCACGCCCGCUUCUCUGCUCCUCAAGAUAGGGAUCCGUCGGCCCGAGGACGGCGCCCCUGGAAUCGGACUCGUCCUCGCCAUUGCUCUUGAGAAGACGUGGCGUAAGACUGUGGAAGGUGCAUCGAAGGUGUUUGUAGAAAAGCACCACCAGAAACAUGUUCGUCUUAUCAGUGACAUGGUCUGAAUCGACCAUAGCACUCUCUCUCUCUCUCUCGCUUGGGAGCAGCAACGAC